CUGCAUUCAUAUUCCGAUAGGAUUUCUUUUGAUUCUAGUAGCUUAAAAAAUUUUUUAGAUUUUGGUAAACCUGAAGGAUUGUUAUUUGGUUUCCAAGAAACCUUAAUAGUUUGGUCUGAAUCGGAUACUUGUGAUUUAGCUUUAUCAUUUCAAGAUAAAACGGGCUGCGAAGAUAUUUGGGGAAAAAUUUGCCAAGUACAAGGUCGUGAUCCUGAGCAGCAUCCUGACUUCACCGGGAACUACGAAGAUUUGGAUGAUUCGGAUAGUCUAGAUAGUGCUGGACAAGGAUACAGUGGACAACGACACCAUUUUUUCCAGCCAUCGAGCGGAGCAUCGGUAACUUUACCACCUUGUGAAGUGAAUUCGUUGGCAGAUAUCGAAAUAAUGAUAACAAAUAGCUUUGGUUCAGCAGCUCUUCGAGAGAAACUAGCAAUUGCUAUUGAAAAUCAAGGAUAUGUAGCCAAACUUUGCGAUAUUUUUCAUAUGUGUGAAGAUUUGGAGCACAUUGACGCUCUCCAUACACUACAUCAAAUUGCUCGUAAUUUAUUUAUGCUGAAUCGUAACACCUUGUUGGAAAUUUUGCUCAGUGAGAAGUAUUUCAAAGAUAUUGUUGGAAUGUUAGAAUAUGAUCCGGCUGAAUCUAAACCUCGAAAACAUCGUGAAUUUUUAUUCGAAAAAGCAAAAUUUCGAGAAGUUUUAUCCAUCCAUAAUAAUGAUUUGCGUCAAAAAAUACAUCAGACUUAUAGAGUCCAAUAUGUUCAAGAUAUUUGCUUACCUGCACCAUCGUUGUUCGAAGAAAAUUUGCUUUCGGUUUUGAAUAGCUAUUUAUUUUUUAACCGAGUAGAUAUUGUGAGUUUACUACAGGAAGACAAACAACUAUUGAAAGAAUUGUUUGAUCAGCUGAAAGAUCCUGCGACAACUACUGAGCGACGCAAGGAUUUAGCUAUGUUUUUGAAAGAAUUUUGCUCUUUCUCGACAUCUUUGCAACCAAAUGGGCCACAAGGACGCGAAAAUUUUUAUAAGACAUUAAUGCAAAAUGACGUGCUAUCAGCGAUAGAACCAUGUAUAACAAGUAAUGAUAGUCAGACAAGAUCAACAACUGUCGAAAUGUUUGUGAUGAUUGUUGAAUUCAAUCCACAAGCUGCUCGGGAUUAUCUUCUUCAGCAAGCGCGAGGGUUUGGAGAAGCUAAAAAUGAUCAGCUGCUACUAAACAAGUUGAUCAACCAUAUGUUAACGGAUCGUGAUCCAGAGUUAACUUCUGCCUAUACGAUGGUUAAAGUAAUGCAGUCGUUGUUAGAUCCUGAUAGUAUGAUUUCAACACCAAAUAUGAAAUCGGAAAGACAUGAGUUUCUCACUUUCUUUUAUCGACGUUCUUUGGAAACUUUGUGUCGACCGUUGUAUGUAAAUACGGAAAAUGGUGUAUUAAGGAAAGACAGUUACCACUGUGCCAAUCAGCAAGCUAUGAUCAUUGAUAUUUUAUCUUUUUGCUUUGAACAUCAUGCGGUUCAUAUGCGUAAUUAUUGCAUCAACAACAAAUUGCUGAAUCGCGUCCUUGUCCUUUUAAAAAGCAAACAUCAUUUCCUUGCUCUGAGUAGGAUCAGUUUUUUUCACAGUGCGUUGCGAUUAUUCCGGCGUAUUGUGCAGUUAAAGGAUGAAUUUUACUAUCGAUACACAAUAAGAGAUAAUGUUAUGCGACCAAUAGUUGAAUGCUUUAAAAGGAAUGGUCAUCGAUACAAUCUAUUAAAUUCUGCAGUUAUUGAGCUUUUUGAGUUUAUUAGAAUGGAGGACAUCAAACCAUUAGUUGUUUAUGUAGUGGAAAAUUUUGCUAGUGAUUUUGAAGAUGUUAAUUACGUUACAACUUUCAAAUCACUACGCUUGAAGUAUGAUCAGAUGAAAGAUCGCGAAAACCGAAAAGUAGAAGGUUCAUCUUCAUCUGAAUCUGUACAAUCAGCAGAAGCUAGUAUGCCAGCUCAGUGGAAAACAGAACUUCAAGCUGAUGCUGAUGAACAGUGGUUCAAUGAUGAUGAUACUGAGAGCUCAUCACCAACAGGAGAUUGGGAUCUAAACAAACAGAGUAGAGAAUCAGAAACUAAUUCAGUGCCUCAUUCGGCUUUGCUUGAUGUGUCUCCUUCUUCAUCUGCAACCUCAAUUGCUAAAGAAGAUGAAUCUUUAGAGAAAAGUUUGGCGACGAGAAAAUUAGACAUUGACCCUAUCUUACCCAGUUUAUUAAAGCGCACAGUAGAGGAUGAAUCGGAUGCUGUUUUUCCUUCUCAGAUUAAUACUCCACUGAAAACUCAUAUUGCACCUCGGAUAAUUAUAAAGGUUUUCUUAUUUUAA